AUGCUCGCCAACAUCAACAUGAAGAUUCUCGUGAGCAUUGCUUCAGUUAUGAUCUCAACCAAAGUUGCCGCGGUGGUGAUCCACCCCAGAGAUUGUAGCUUUACUUGGGCGGCCGAGAUUGAGGACACAUGCCAGUCUAUGGCUUCGUCCUGGGAAAUCACUGAAGCUCAAUUCAUCAGCUACAACCCCGGAGUCGUUUGUUCUGCUCUUGUUGCUGGGAAGGAGUACUGCGUAGAGUGGGUGUCGACGAUACCUACAACUUCAUCAAGUACUAGCUCAUCGAUGCAGUCAACUACAUCCACCAGAGAUUCUACCACCUUAAUCACAGGCCCAGCCACUUCCACAGCAAAACCAACUUCAUCCACGACAAAGUCCACAACGGCUACAACUACCACUUCGACAGCGCCUACUGGACCGGUUCCAACUCAGACUGGCAUUACUAGUGACUGUAAAAGCUACUACCUCGCGGUCGCGGAAGAUACUUGCAAUGGAAUUGUGUCCAAAUUUGGAGGAGGGUUUACGCUUCAACAGUUUUAUAAUUGGAACUUGGCCAUUACAGGAGAUUGUGGAGGUCUUUGGGCUGGCUAUUAUUACUGCGUCGGCGUGCCAGGGACACCGACCGGCAAGCCAACGACGACGAAAACUUCAGUCACACCAGCGCCAACCGGGAAGCUGAUUAGUGAAGACGGAAUCUGUGGAUUUAACGGCAGAACCUGUGUAGGAAGUCAGUUUGGAAAUUGCUGCUCCAAAAACUUCUACUGCGGUUCUUCAUUGGAUUAUUGCGCCAUGUCGAAUGGCUGUCUUGCCGCCUUUGGGACCUGUCAAGCUACUACCGUGGACGGCAUUUGUGGUUUCAAUGGAAGAACAUGUCUAGGAGGAAAUUUUGGUGAUUGCUGCUCCAGGAAUUUCUACUGUGGCUCUUCACUAGACUCCUGCUCAGUAUCUAGUGGUUGCUUGUCCUCUUUUGGAACGUGCCAGGCAGUUACUCAAGAUGGAAUAUGCGGAUUUAAUGGAAGAACAUGUAUCGGAGGUAAUUUCGGCAAUUGCUGCUCGAAGAAUUUUUAUUGCGGAGCUUCGACAGAUUACUGCGCAUCUCGGAACUGUUUGCCAGGAUUUGGCAAUUGCAAUGCUACAUAG